GGUGGGGGGGAGCAGCGGAAGUCAGAAAGAAGCAGCUGGAACUAUUUUCACCCAGCGUUAGUACUGUGCCAAGCAGAAUUGCUAUUCACAGGCCUCCUUUGCAAACAUGUGGCAGGAGAUCCUACAGAAUGUCCGGUCUUAUGACUCUCCCCAGAGAAAUGUGAUUGCAGCUUCUUGUGCUCUAGGAGGUGGAGUCCUCCUGGUUUACUGGCUUCUGUCCAGGCGCAGGAUGAAGACUCUAGAAUUGGGAGAUGGAUGGUGGGGCUCAGGUGAAAGAUCACCAAGAGACAAAGAAGAUGAAGGAAUUAGAUCCUUCCAAGUGAAAACAUCAGAGAAUGAAAUCCAGGAUUUGUACCAGCGCCUCGAUCAGACCCGCUACACCCCACCGCUGGAAGGGGCGGCCUUCAACUAUGGCUUCAACUCCAACUAUCUGCAGAGAGUGGUGUCUUAUUGGAGGAACCAGUUUGAUUGGCAGAAGCAAGUUAAAAUCCUCAACCAGUACCCUCAUUAUAAAACUACAAUUGAAGGGAUUGAAAUUCACUUUAUCCAUGUGAAACCAUCUCACAUCCCAAAAGAGGAGGCUGCCAGGCCUUUGCUCAUGGUACACGGCUGGCCCGGCUCCUUCUAUGAAUUCUAUAAGAUCAUCCCACUGUUGACUGAUCCUGCGGGUCAUGGAUUGAGUGGUGAAGACGUGGUGUUUGAGAUCAUCUGCCCAUCCAUCCCCGGCUAUGGCUUCUCUGAGGCUCCACACAAGCAAGGCUUCAACUCACUGGCUGCUGCUCGAAUCUUCCACAAGCUGAUGCAGAGAUUGGGCUUCCAGGAAUAUUAUCUACAGGGUGGAGACUGGGGCUCCCUGAUCACCACAAACAUGGCCCAGAUGUUGCCAAAAUCUGUAAAAGGACUUCACCUGAACAUGGUCUUCCAAACCAAUACUGGUUUGAGUGGCUUGGUGGGCCUCACCCGAGAUUUACUACUGGGAGGUUACGUACCGUGGCUGGUGGGCCUCACCAGGGAAGACUCACGCCGUUUAUUCCCGUACUUCAAGAAGCACAUGUAUUCGCACUUGCGCGAAAGUGGUUACUUGCACAUCCAGGCCACCAAACCAGACACAGCAGGAUGUGGAUUGAAUAACUCCCCCGUGGGGCUUGCAGCAUAUAUUCUAGAAAAAUUCUCCACCUGGACAGAUAAAGCAUUCCUGAACAUGGACAAUGGAGGCCUGGAAAGAAAAUACUUUCUAGAUGAACUUUUGACCAAUGUCAUGAUUUAUUGGGUGACUUCCUCCAUUGUGUCAUCAAUGCGCUUUUACAAGGAGAAUUUUUCCCGGAAUCUAAACACUGCUCCUGAUGCCAGGCUUGGAGUUUAUGUUCCCACUGGUGUUGCUGCCUUCCCUAACGAAAUUACUCAUGUUCCACGUUCCUGGGCAAAGAAGAAGUUUAAGAAUAUUGUCACCUACUCCUACAUGCCACGGGGUGGGCACUUUGCUGCCUUUGAGGAACCAGCACUCUUGGCUCAAGACAUCAGGCAGUUUGUGAGGAAGGUGGAACAUCUGUGAGAUUUCUUACAGGGCAGAUUCCUUUAACAUUUCAAUGAAACAGCACAUCACAAAAAAACCUGCAAGAAGCCAACAACAAAAAAGCACUUUUCAGCAAAAAGGAUAGGCCCCUGAGCUCAUGGAGGAAGCGCCCAGGCUGGUGGGAGCGUGGUGCCUCUGUUUACAGAGCGGAUGUAGGAAGGCUGUGUAAGCAGCUGUAGUGACAAUAGCAAGCUGAUGAGUGGAUGAAUUACCAGCUGACUGCUCCAUUGCCACACACAGCAAAUGGCGGCAAGUGCUUCAGUAUCCAGAACAAGCAGUGUCGGUACCUCUUCUACCCAAGGCCCAUCGCUCCAGUAAUUCAAUGAGGUAAAGCAGAUACACUGCUGUAUGUACACUGAUGGUGCUAUAUAAAU